CUCGCCGAACUACAUGAUGUUACAUACCCAUGUGAUCUCUGAAACCCCGUCUCUCCAAUUCCAAGUAUUUUUCCAUAUUAGUUAAAUCCUCCUUCAAUAAUUACACGAGGAGAAUCGUAUUUGGCAAUUCCUUAACAAACGCUGCAACGACUUUCGUUUGAAUUAAAUAAGUGUCCAAUUGUUUUGUUUAUUUUUGGUGAAAAAACCGAGUUCUAACAAACCUCUACCUUCCUUCUCUUCAUUUCCACUUCUUCUCAAACGAGAAUCGGUUGUUAGUUCUGGGUAGGUUGGUUUCUUUAAUUUUAAAAGAAAUGUCAGAGCAAAAGAAAUCCCCCAAAAGCAGGGUUUUCUACGUUCGAAUGAAGCUGCUGCAGAAACAAGUUAACAAGCCUCAACAAGACAAAACCAACUUCUUUCACACAUAUUACAAAUGCCUUCUUUGGCUUUCUUUCUCCCUCUAUUUCUUCACUUCCUAUCUCAUCAACAGCAACCCCAACAACACACCAACCUCUUCAAACUCCGAAUCCAACGUUGUCGAAUCCACCACCAACACUCUAGGGGUGGUGAAGAAUAUGAAGGUGUUCGUGUACGAGCUUCCUCCAAAGUACAACACCGAUUGGCUGGCAAAUGAGAGGUGUAGCAAGCAUUUAUUCGCGUCCGAAGUGGCCAUUCACAGAGCAUUGUUAACGAGCGAGGUUCGCACGUUUGACCCUUACCAAGCUGAUUUCUUCUUCGUCCCCGUUUACGUGUCAUGCAACUUCAGCGCCGUUAAUGGCUUUCCGGCAAUUGGCCACGCGCGCUCUCUUAUAUCCUCCGCCGUCAACCUCGUCUCCACCGAGUACCCUUUCUGGAACCGCACCAGAGGAUCCGACCACGUCUUCGUCGCUUCCCACGACUUCGGCGCCUGUUUCCACACCCUGGAGGAUGCGGCGAUGGCUGAUGGCAUACCGCGAAUUUUGAAAAACUCGAUCUUGUUGCAGACAUUCGGCGUAGUUCACCGGCAUCCUUGUCGAGAGGUUGAGAAUGUGGUGAUUCCGCCUUACGUUUCGCCGGAGAGUGUACGGACCACGCUGGAGAAAGCUCCGGUGAACGGACGGAGAGACAUUUGGGCGUUCUUCCGAGGAAAAAUGGAAGUGCAUCCAAAAAAUAUUAGUGGACGGUUUUACAGCAAGCGAGUGAGGACGGAGAUUUGGCGGAAGUUCAACGGUGACCGGAGAUUUUACCUGCAGAGGCGUAGGUUCGCCGGUUACCAGUUGGAGAUUGCUCGGUCUGUGUAUUGUCUGUGUCCGUUAGGGUGGGCUCCGUGGAGUCCGAGGUUGGUGGAGGCGGUUGCGUUGGGGUGUGUGCCGGUGGUUAUUGCGGAUGGGAUACGGUUGCCGUUUUCCUCCGCCGUGAGGUGGGCGGAGAUAUCGCUGACGGUGGCGGAGAGGGAUGUGGGGAAGCUGGGGAAGAUUCUGGAGCGCGUGGCGGCGACGAACUUGAGUGUGAUUCAGCGGAACCUGUGGGAGCCGCGGACGAGGCGGGCCCUGCUCUACAACAAUCGGGUGCAGGAAGGCGACGCCACGUGGCAAGUUCUGGUUAGUCUGAGUGAGAAGCUGGGUAGGUCAUACCGGAGGUCUUCGGGUCUUAGCCAAUUAGAAAUCGACACGCAAGGGGUUUGGAAAUGGAAAUGCUAGAGAGCGAAUGAAGUGUUUUUUCCAACGUGGAUUUGGACCGGAUGAUGGUUGUUGACAGCUGCCAUUUUGUUUUGGCCUAAGGGAAUUUUGGUAAUGUGAGGGUGGGGCCCACGGGAAGCAUUGGUUCGAUUUGCCAGAUGAGGCACAUAUUCAAUUAUUCAUUUGUGAAUAAAUAAUUGUUUAUUGGUUAAAUUGAAUUUGGUGUAAAUGUAAGUACUAGUGUGAGUUGGCAGUGGAAGAGAGUGAGAAAUGAUUGGUGUAGGAUGGAUGCAUGUCUGAGAAGAUUACAGUGUGUGAAUUUGGCAAGUACUGAAGUAGUGGAGUGGAGGUGUCACCGUGUCAGUGCUCACGCUCAUGCUCAUCAGUAUGCUCUGCUGUAUAGCCUAUGCCUGUCAAUAUCUAAAUUCAAACACACAAUCAACUUCCAACAAUCAAAAUUCUUUGCAUCACGGGCUCUUCUUUUUUUUUUUCUUCAGUUUAAUGUAUUUAUAUAUAUAUAUAUAAUUAUUCAUGAUCUGAGAUUAUUAUUUCACACAUUACAUUAUUCUUAUUUUUAGACCUGUAUGAUGCUUCAUGGAGUAUAAAAGGUAAAAUAAAUAUAUAAAAAAGGCUUAUCUGUCAA